AUGGAAGAUGUUCUAGAACUUUUUGUUUGCUGGGCCCAGUUGUGGAAUGAUCCUCCUGUAAGAGAAGUGCUUUUUCUGUGGUAUGAAGGAAUUGGGAGUGAGCCAGUGGAAGAGGAUGACGAGGGCAGGACCAGAGGUUUUGGUAACGACAGUGCCUUUGUAAUUGUGUUAGAGCAAAUUGUUGGUUGUGUAAACCGUAAAGACGGGCAAAUUUUUUAG